UGCUGACUCACCAUAUUUUAUUUCACCAACCCGGCGACGUUUCACUUGUUUGGCACCAAACCAAACGGCCACACCCUCGUCAUAAAUUACGCACAGAACAUAACCAUUAUCAUCGCUAAAAUCAAAACCCACCAUUCUUACUUGCCAAGAUCUUUUUUUUUUUUUCUAACUGAACAAACCAAAAAGCAAACAUGAUACAGCUCUUGUACACGGUGAUCUUUUCGGAAAUGGCGUUGAUCAUGACGCUGCUGUUUAAGACGCCGUUGAGAAAGCUGGUGAUCAUGAGCCUGGAUCGGGUCAAACGAGGGCGGGGCCCCGUAGUGGUGAAAACGGUGGGUGGUACUGUUUUCGUUGUGCUCAUGUCUAGCGUCUAUAGCAUGGUUAAGAUCCAGAGGCGCACGAUCGAGGCUGGAGCCGUUAAUCCAACCGAUCAGGUUCUCAUGUCCAAGCAUAUGCUCGAAGCUUCUCUUAUGGGAUUUGUGUUAUUCCUCUCACUGAUGAUAGAUAGAUUACACCAUUACAUAAGAGAACUUCGAUUACUCAGGAAAACCAUGGAAGCUGCAAAAAAGCAAAACCGGAGUUUUGAGGAAGGGAAAAAUGCAAAUGCAGAUGAGCUUAAAAGCUUGGAGAGUGAAAUUACUAAGUUGAAGACAAAAAUCAAGGAGUUGGAGUAUGAACACGAGGCAAAAGAAAAGGAAUUCAGCACCUGUAAAUCUGAAGCAGAGGCACUCAAGAAGCAAUCAGAAGGAUUCCUCCUCGAGUAUGAUCGCUUGCUAGAAGAAAAUCAAAGUCUUCGUAGCCAGUUAGAGUCACUUGACCAAAGUGUGCCACAAUCUGAAGGCAAAAAGAAUAUGUGAAGGAGCAAAUACCCAACAGUGAACUAUUAUCAUCUUGUUUUGUUUAAAUGAGAGUAAUUGUUGGAUGGGGCUUUCAAUUAGUUCUGAGUGGCUAUAUGAUGGUGUAUGUAUUGAGAGAGUGAAUUGUUUGUAUAGGGACUGUUUACAGCAGUCAAUAUAUAACUAAACUUGUUUGCCCCUUCAA